CCAAAAACAUUAGCAAAAUGUCUGGCCUCUCCUCUCUCAAAAAUUCAAACUCCCUUCACAUUUUCUCCAUGAAACCAUCAACACCAAUAUCAAAACUCAAAACCCUCAUCCAAACCUUCAUCUUCUCCCACUUGUACCGCGCCACACGUGCCUUUGCCAAGGCCAAAUCGCUUCUCCUUGAGCACGUGCGGGACAUACAUUUCCUACACCUAGUGGAAUUCAAAAGGGGUAGGAACUCUAAGAGAAAGCUAUAUUUCGGCUCGUUUAGGCUCCAUUACAAUUGGUGUGCAUCGCACGUGAUGCCUCUCUCUGAAGAGAGCUACCCCAACUCCCACAUCUACUAUGAUGCUAGUUGGAACGUACUCGUUCCAACUAACACCAACAAGGCAUCAACAACAUUGGCAAUCCCAGAUGGGAUAACGUCGUCUCUGGAGUAUCGAGAGCCGGAAGGGCUCUCUAGAUACUUAGAGUGGCUUGAGGAGGAGAAGGGAAAUCAAGAGUCAAGCUCAAAUGAGAUUGACAAACUUGCUGAUUUGUUCAUUGCGGAUUGUCAUGAGAAAUUCAGGUUGGAAAAACAAGAAUCUUAUAGAAGAUUUCAGGAGAUGAUGGCUAGAAGUGUAUGAAAAUAUUUAAAUUCAAAUGGAUGUCCCAUAAAAUUUAACUUUUACUUUUUUUGGGUCCUUUUUUAUUCUUGUGUUUAUUGCCCUUUUUCUUUUCUCUUUUCCUAGGUUUGUUGGAUUUCUGCAAAAUCAAUGAAGGUCUUGAUUUAAUC